GCGGCGGUGAGGAGCCGACGUCAGCUGCGGGAAAUCCCCCUCCCGCCAGGCGCGGGUCUCUCUGGCCCGGAGGCGCUGGGCUCUCGUCGCGCUACGCCCCCUGCCCUUGGCUCCCGCACCCUGGACGGGCGACGCCGGGUGAUACGGAGCGCGAGAAUUAAGGAGGUGGGAAGGUGUGAGCCGCAAACCAAAGGAGGGCGGGAAGGAGGAGGAGGCCCCGACGGUGGUCAGGGGGCCAAGGGGUCCCGCCGGCAGAGGACUGACUGGCGGGCUGACUGACAGCGGCGGUCUCCGGUCCAGACGCGCGGAGCGGAGCGGAGCUGGGCGGCGCAGUGAGCGGAGUCAUGGCUUCGGGUGGGUAUAACCCCUACAUAGAGAUAAUUGAGCAACCCAGGCAGAGGGGAAUGCGUUUUAGAUAUAAAUGUGAAGGGCGAUCCGCAGGCAGCAUUCCAGGGGAGCACAGCACAGACAACAACCGAACGUACCCAUCUAUCCAGAUUAUGAACUAUUAUGGAAAAGGAAAAGUGAGAAUUACAUUAGUAACAAAGAACGACCCAUAUAAACCUCAUCCUCAUGAUUUAGUAGGAAAAGACUGCAGAGAUGGCUACUACGAAGCAGAAUUUGGACAAGAACGCAGGCCUUUAUUUUUUCAAAACUUGGGUAUUCGAUGUGUAAAGAAGAAAGAAGUAAAAGAAGCUAUUAUUUCAAGAAUAAAGGCAGGAAUCAAUCCUUUCAAAGUCCCUGAAGCACAGCUGCUUGAUACUGAAGAUUGCGACCUCAAUGUGGUGAGAUUAUGUUUCCAAGUUUUCCUCCAUGAUGAACAUGGUAAUUUGACAACUGCUCUACCUCCUGUGGUUUCUAACCCAAUUUAUGACAACCGUGCUCCUAAUACUGCAGAGUUAAGGAUUUGUCGUGUUAACAAGAACUGUGGAAGUGUCAGAGGAGGAGAUGAAAUAUUUCUACUCUGUGACAAAGUUCAAAAAGAUGACAUAGAAGUUCGGUUUGUGUUGAAUGACUGGGAAGCAAAAGGUAUCUUUUCACAAGCUGAUGUACACCGUCAAGUAGCCAUUGUUUUCAAGACUCCACCAUAUUGCAAAGCUAUAACGGAACCAGUAACAGUAAAAAUGCAGUUGCGGAGACAUACUUAUGGCAAUAAAGCAAAGAAACAAAAAACAUCUCUACUUUUCCAGAAACUGUGGCAGGAUUGUGCAGUAAAUUUUCCUGAAAGACCUAGACCUGGUCCUCUAGGAUCAACUGGAGAAGGAAGAUUUAUCAAAAAAGAAUCAAACUUGUUUUCUCCUGGUGCAGUUUUGACAGAAAUACCCAGGCCUUCAGGAGUUGCAACUCAAGCAGAAUCCUACUAUUCCUCAUCUGUGUCCAUCUCAAGUGCAUUGUCACCUCGUGUUUCAGCCAUGUCCUCCAUGGUAUCUCAGCCUUCUUCAAGCUGGUCCUCAGUGGCCCACCCCACCUCAUGCUCAGUCAACACAAAUCCACUGAGUGGUUUCUCAACAGGGACACUUUCCUCUAAUUCACAGGGUAUCCCACCAUUCCUGGAAAUGAAUGAUUUGAAUGCUUCUAAUGCUUGCAUUUAUAACAGUACUAAUGACAUAGGCAGAAUUGAUGCAUCAUCCAUGUCAUCAGCUGACUUAUAUGGUAUUUCUGAUGCCAACAUGCUGCCUAAUUGCCCUGUGAACAUGAUAACGCCCAGUAAUGACGGCAUGAGGGAGACUGAUAAUACGAGACUUGUGAGCAUGAAUCUUGAAAACCCCUCAUGUAAUUCAGUGUUAGACCCAAGGGACUUG